CCCGCCCGCCAAGAUGGCGGCCUCCAGCGCGGCGGGGGCCGCGGCCGGCGGCAGGCGGGGGCGGGCGGCGGUGGCCGCCGCGCUGGCGGCGCUGGGCUGGCUGCAGGCGGCGCUCGGCGCCGGGAGCCCCCCCAGCGACCCUCUGCUGCAGCCGUACUUCCCCGCCCAGCACGGCCCCCGGCACCACCACAGGCACGUCAGGGACUGCCAGCCCGUCAGGUACGGCAACGUAACGCACGAAGCUUGGCCCAGCGACAACAGGACGGGCGGCCCGGUGGCUACCACCAGAACAUUUGUUUCUUACAUCCCUGCUAUGGGCAAGGACCGCAGGGUGGUCUAUGGCCACUUCACGUUUGUGAGGAACCCCCUGAGAACCUUCUCUGUGCUAGAGCCAGGUGGCGCGGGGGGCUGCCAGGCUCACCGCAGAACCCCCGUGGAAGAGACUGCAAAGCUCGGGAAGUGUCUGGUGGCCCAGAACGGUGGGUACUUCGACAUGGGAACUGGAGAGUGCCUUGGGAACAUUGUGAGUGAUGGAAAGCUGGUGAGAAACUCUGGAGGUCUGCAAAAUGCUCAGUUUGGCAUCCGGAAGGAUGGCACCAUGGUGUUUGGUUACCUGUCUGAGGAAGAUGUCUUGGACCAAACAAACCCUUUUGUGCAGCUUGUGAGUGGGGUAAUUUGGCUCUUAAGAGAUGGAGAAGUGUACAUCGGGCAGAGUCAAAUGGCUGAGUGUGGUGAAAUUCAAACCACAGGAACCUUCAACAAGUUCAUCAAUGUGAUCUCAGCCAGGACUGCGGUAGGACAUGACAGUCAGGGGCAGCUGGUCUUGGUUCAUGUGGAUGGACAGACAGAAUCCAGAGGGGUCAACCUCUGGGAAAUGGCUGAAUUUCUGAAGCAGCAGGGAAUCAUCAAUGCUAUCAACCUGGAUGGUGGAGGGUCUGCAACGCUGGUCUUAAAUGGGACUCUUGCAAGCUACCCAUCUGAGCACUGCUCCUUUGACAACAUGUGGCGUUGCCCUCGGAGCAUCUCAACCAUCAUGUGUAUCCACGAACCUGCCUGUGAGCCUGCAGACUGCAGCGGUCACGGGGACUGCGUGCAAGGGGAGUGCCGCUGCACCGGGGACUUCUGGAGAGGCCCAGCCUGUGACACCUUGGACUGUGGCCCUUCCAACUGCAGCCUGCGUGGCAUCUGCACUGACUCUGGAUGCCUGUGUGACGCUGGCUGGACUGGCAGUAACUGCAGUGAAGCUUGUGGUAAUGGUUUCUAUGGGGACGCUUGCACCCAGAAAUGCCGCUGCCAGAAUGGUGGCUCGUGUGACCCUGUGCAUGGAGCCUGCUCCUGCCCAGCUGGGUACUAUGGCACCAGCUGCGAGCAAGAGUGUCCCAUGGGCUGGUACGGGCCGAACUGCCAGAAACCAUGUGUGUGUGAACACACGUGUCCCUGCAACCGGGAGACAGGCAGCUGCAACAUCACCCAUGAACUGGCAGUACAGGACCAGUUAGACAAAGCUGGGCGGUGUUUGGCUUUCCAGAACAAGGGACGGAGCAAAGAAAAAUUCUCUCUGUCAGAAAAAGCCUGGACCUCCAUUACUUCGGUCUUGGCGCUGCUUCUCGUGAUUAGUGCCAUGGGGAACGUGGGCCUCUUUCUCAAGGCCAGGUCAGAGAAGCACCAUGAGGGUGGUGACUACCUCUACCACCCCCUGAGGGACGUGAAUGGGGACGCCAGUCAUACCUCCACCUCUGCUGCCUCCGAGACAGAAGAUCCUCAGGACCAAAGUCAGGCACUCCUUUAGAGGCCCAGAGAUGAGGCAUUUUACUCUGCACCUUGUACUGUGCCACUCAGCACUGACUGUUACAGAGCCUGUUUAGACCUAGCGUGCAAAACUGCUGACUAACCCAAGAAACUCCCUUGGUUCUGGCCCAGCCCUGCUGAGAACAUGGCUAGUUUCCCUCCCUUCCUCUGCUCCUCUAGCUGGAGCAAACAAGACUGUGUAAUUAGUUGCAACAGGAGGAUGCAGGGCACAAGCAGAUAAGGGAAUUCCACAGGUGGAUAAGGGAAGGAAGCAGGCUGCUUCCUUCCAAUACUUGGGGAAAAUAGGUGAGGAAUGCAGGCCAUAGGCACUUCAGAAAGGUCCCUUCACACCUGAGCAGUAUUUUCAAGAUGCAAGAUAAACUGCCUGUAGCAUAAAGCUAGGCUUAAGGAUGUUGUGGUCUAUAACUGUCUACUCUUCCCUAGUAAGCUCAGACUUUUAUCAUAAAACUGAAAAAAGUUGGUUUAAAAAUGUUGGAACAGGUACAGCACACAGUGAAACCACACCAUUCCUCCUUCUGGCUGCAGUGGGUCAGGGCUUUCUUGCACCUGACUUUCUUCACCCAGCGUGUGUGGACUGCAGGGCUGGUGUUUUCUUACUGAAUUCCUUAGACUGCUCCUAGGACUAACAGGUGCUUGACUAGCACUGCAUUUUCGGUAGGUUCUUGCAGUACAGCAACAUAAAGAGUCUUGCCAAUUCAAAAGUGUCAUUCUUGCAUCCUCUCACACCUCUGAGAAGCCAGCAUGCUCUGCCCAGCUGCGUGGGCUGGCACUGGGGCCAGCAGCUCUCAUGCCUGGGGAAGGGCAAAGAGCAGCAGCCUGGCAAGGUCAGCAUGACACAACCAAGCCCUGGGCCAAGCCUGAGGAACCUGUGCUGCCCUCAGCCCCCAGAGAAUCCCUGCAGCAGCCCUUGCUCACCGCUGCUAGAACUGCCCUCCCUCAGAGGGAACAACUGCCAGCAGCAGCUAGGACCACGAUCAGAAAGUACUUCAGAGCAACCCAUGAGCCUGAACAGCUCAGCUGGAGAUCAGACAUUUUAGCUGGAAUAGAUCCUUGCAAAAUGUAUUUUGAAAACAAGAAAAAAAUAGCAUAAUAUGGAGUUUUGCUUCCAUGUGAGGGAGAGCUAGCCUUUAAUGUUGCUACUUUGAUGCUGGAAAGGGGGGGGUUUAAAGCCUGUCUGAGCCUGAAUACUAACAUUUUUAUGCACUCUGCUUUUAUCUCUUUGAGUAAAGGACACACAACUUUUGUGCCACUGUUGGCAUCAGAUCAACCUGUAAAGGGAAGAUUCUAUUUUUCUAUGAUUUACAGAAAACUGUUUGAAACUUGAAUAAAGUCUAUUAGUAAUAACU